AUGGCUGACGGAAGUCAAAGAGGAAGCAUAAAUGGUCAGACUAACAACACAAACGAUGCAAAUACAGGUUCAAAUAAUGAUAAUGCUGUGCAGCUUCCCUGGUUUUCUCCCAUAGCUCCAGGAAAUGUAAGGGACAGAACAUCGGAUAACGAUGUGAAUGAACCUGCUGAAACUACUUCUUUGCUAGGUGCUCGUGAGCCCUCUGUUAAUUAUAGCCAUUUUCCUUCCGCAAGAACAUCAACUGAGGAUGAUAUCGCUAUUGGUUUAUUUUCGCGCCCUAAACGACCUACAUUUGGUGCGCGACGACAUACUUGGAAUCCUUCGCAACUUAAAGCACUUACUGAACCAAUUCGACGAUUUAAGAUAAGAAGUGGCGCUUAUGAUGAAGACAAACAAGCCUUGGUUAGUGAAGGGAGUGGUAUUCGUGUUUGGUAUGAUGAUUAUACGACAAUCGAUUGGAUUCACGAUUACGUCAAAGAACGAAUUCGAGUACGAAAACUGCACUCGAUUAAAGGAAUUCGUGGAUGGAUAAUUAAAACAUAUGAUGGAUUACAAGGCUGGCUUCUCGUUUUUCUAAUAGGUAUCGUAACUGCCUGUUUCGCUGCCGGUGUCGACAUCGCGGCAGAAUGGGGAUAUGAUUUGAAAGAAGGAUAUUGUACAACUUCUUUAAAAUUAAACAAAAAUUUCUGUUGUGCACACAAACCUUUAGAUGGUGAAGAAUGUGAAGAAUGGAAGUCAUGGUCUCAGGCUUUUCAAAUAGAUAAUAAUACUGACAUGUUCGAUUAUUUUUCUUACGUUGUUGUAGCGUUUCUUUUCGCGACUGGUUCGGUUUUGCUUGUAAAACAUAAUUCUUUAUAUGCCACCCCAUCAUCCAAGAGUUCCACGCAACAAAGUAUAAAGCCGAAGCGUAGACAAUUGAAGCCUUACGCCGCUGGUAGUGGUAUUCCCGAAGUAAAAACUAUCUUAAGCGGUUUUGUAAUUCGUGGAUUUCUCGGUAUCAGAACUCUUUGGGUCAAAGCAUUAUCACUUGCUAUGGUAGUUUCGGCUGGCAUGACACUCGGAAAAGAAGGUCCAUUUGUUCAUAUAGCCUGUUGUAUUGGUAAUAUUUUAAGUCGUCUUUUUAAUAAAUACAACAAAAAUGAGGGUAAGCGUAGGGAAGUUCUGUCAGCUGCUGCUGCUGCAGGUGUAAGUGUAGCAUUUGCCGCACCAAUUGGAGGUGUUUUAUUCUCUUUGGAAGAA